AAUAUUUUUUUGCGUUUUCUUAUCCAAUCGUACAGUAUGGUGUGGGGGGUAGAAUGUUCUAGUCACAGUGGCACACGAGAGACGCAUAUAUAGCAGGGGCGAUAGAUAAAUUAUCAGCCUCGCCCGCCCUUUGGAAGAAUCGAUCACAGACAGGCUUUGCCUGCCCGCCUUGGUUUGUUGGUUCCAUCGUCCCAAGCAAGCAAGACGCCCGGCCGGCGACCCCGCGUACGUGGUGGCGCGGCGCGCUAGAGGUAGACACAUAACCUAGGCUGCGGAGAGCAUGGCCGGCGGCGACGAGGCGCACGGCGGCGCGUCGGGGCGGCUGGAGAGCAUCCUGACGGCGGAGGCGGAUGCGUCGUCCCCGUGGCCGUGGGCGCGGCGCGCGUGGGCGGCGGCGUCCAUCGAGCUGCGGCUGCUGACGCGGCUGGCGGCGCCGGCGGUGGUGAUGUACAUGAUCAACUACCUCAUGUCCAUGUCGACGCAGAUCUUCUCGGGCCACCUCGGCAACCUGGAGCUCGCCGCGGCGUCGCUCGGCAACACCGGCAUCCAGAUCUUCGCCUACGGCCUCAUGCUGGGCAUGGGCAGCGCGGUGGAGACGCUCUGCGGGCAAGCCUACGGCGCCCAGAAGUACGACAUGCUGGGCAUCUACCUGCAACGCUCGGCGGUGCUCCUGUGCGCCACGGGGGUGCCGCUGGCCGUGGUCUACGCCUUCUCGGAGCCGAUCCUGGUGUUCCUGGGGCAGUCGCCGGAGAUCGCCCGCGCCGCCUCCAUCUUCGUCUACGGCCUGAUCCCGCAGAUCUUCGCGUACGCCAUCAACUUCCCGAUCCAGAAGUUCAUGCAGGCGCAGAGCAUCGUGCUCCCGAGCGCCUACAUCUCCACCGCCACGCUGGCGCUGCACCUGCUGCUCAGCUGGGUCGUCGUCUACAAGGCCGGCCUCGGCCUGCUGGGGGCCUCCCUCGUGCUCAGCCUCAGCUGGUGGCUCAUCGUCGCCGCGCAGUUCGCCUACAUCGUCGUCAGCCCCAAGUGCCGCCACACCUGGACGGGAUUCACCUUCCAGGCCUUCUCCGGCCUGUGGGACUUCCUCAAGCUCUCCGCCGCGUCCGCCGUUAUGCUCUGCCUUGAGACCUGGUACUUUCAGGUCCUGGUGCUCAUUGCCGGCUUGCUCCCCAACCCUGAACUUGCAUUGGAUGCCCUGUCUGUAUGCAUGACUAUUUCUGGGUGGGUGUUCAUGAUCUCAGUAGGGUUCAAUGCUGCUGCCAGCGUGAGAGUGAGCAAUGAGCUCGGUGCAGGCCACCCAAAAUCUGCCUACUUCUCAGUGUGGGUAGUGACUGCGGUCUCUACACUGAUAUCUGUCAUGCUUAGCAUUGUGAUCCUAUGCCUGCGCAACUACAUCAGCUACUUGUUCACAGAGGGUGAGGUGGUGUCGAACGCGGUGGCGGAUCUCUGCCCACUGCUUGCCAUCACGCUCAUUCUCAACGGCAUCCAACCUGUUCUGUCAGGUGUCGCUGUUGGGUGUGGGUGGCAACAAUUCGUAGCCUACGUGAACAUUGGCUGUUACUACAUAGUUGGUGUUCCCCUCGGCGCCAUCCUAGGGUUCGUCUUCAAGCUCGGUGUGAAGGGUAUUUGGGGUGGUAUGAUUGGAGGAACUUGCAUGCAGACGGCUAUUUUGUUGUGGGUCACCUUGAGAACUGAUUGGAACAAAGAGGUAGAGGAAGCACAGAAAAGGUUACACAAAUGGGAGGAUAAGAAGACGACGGAGCCCCUUCUUGCGGGGGUCGGCAAUGGCAAUUAAUUAAUUUACUGGAUGGAUGGUUAUCCACGUCAAUGUCCGGCCGGUUUCACCGCACCACCGUCACCAUCAAGAUAUGGACCCUGGCCUGCAAGUGUUUCUCCAGAGUUUUUAGAUUUUCUUUACCGUAACAGUAACAGUGAUAUCGAUCAAGCCGUGGGGAAAAUUUGUAUACGUUGAUUUGAGGCAUCUCACGACGUUAGAUGAAUUGUAUACUCGUUCGUAUCUCACAAAUUUUGCAAAACAUAAAAGGAAGAUUUUGGUUACAGAA